AUGCCAGUGAAUUUGCCACUCUUCCCUCAUGUGAAAAUAGACACAGAUGCCCAGAAGCUUUUGGUUGCUCUCCCAACUCUUGAAUCAAGGCUCCCGAACAAGGAGCCAGAGAUUCAUUAUCUCCGAAGGUUCUUACGCAACAGGAAUCUUCACCUCCUUCUUAGGAUCUAUCGACAGUUUCGAGCUCGGCAAGGCAGCAAAAAUCCAGCAGCAGAUUUUGCAGUUUCUCAGGCAGCAGAUGUAUAUUGUGAAAUUAGAUACAGGAUUGAAGACCCGAAAGUUCGAGAAUUGUUGGGGAUUUUAUCCAAGCCGCAUAUGCAG